AUGCGGAAUUUUAUAACUACUCCAAAUGCAGAACAAAAAGCUUCGAGCGAUUUUAACGACGGAGUAACUGUGGCGGAAUUAAUACCUUCCGUCGAUUGGGCGUCCACUCCGCUGGGGUCUGUGAACAGUUGGCCUUUAUGGCUAAAGUCUGUAGUGGAUUUAUGUCUUCACUCUGUGCUUCCCACCCAACUAUAUAUUGGCCCCGAGAGGACGGUUAUACACAAUCAAAAGUGGAGAGAUACUUUUCAGGCAACACAUCCUUCUUGUUUGGGAAGGUCUGCGUUUGAAACGCUUACCGAAGAACUACUUCAGGCAGCUUUUGCUGGAAAAGCCCAAUUCAAAAACGAUUAUCCUUUGCACGUUAUGCGUUUUGGGUAUAUGGAAGAAGUAUACUUUACACUCUCAUUCAGUCCAAUAUUUACUGACACAGGGAGUAUAGGGGGAGUAAUCUGUAUUCUGGAAGAGACAACAAGAAAAGUACUUUUGACCAGAAGGUUGAAGACGAUAAAUGAUCUCACAGACGGAAUACAAGGGGCGAGGUCUAUAGCACAUGCUUGCCGCUUAAUCACCACAGUUCUCCAAGAGGAUAUGGGUAUACCAUUUGUCAUACUAUACCUCAUUGAGAAUCAAAUAGUAGACUCUGAGUACAAACCAAAAAGUGUGCGACUAGAAGCUACAACAUUCGAUCGUGAUCUAGUACCUGUCAAAAGCAUGGACGGGACGGAAGAAUAUAUGUACUUUCCUGGACAAUCGAGCCGAGAUUUGCCGAAUUAUUUGUUUGAUACGCCUGAUCUGAUAGAUUUGACCGAUUCCGAAGAAGAUAUUGAUAGUACGACCGCGCACACUGUAUCUGAACACUGGCCGAUAAAACUUGCAAUAUCUAGCAACCAGAAUGUAAUUACCAGAUUACGAGAUAACUCGACGGCUGUAUUAUGUCCGAUAACUUCACUAGUCGAUGGGAAAAGUUUGUUGACUGCUGUGAUGAUAUGUGGUGUUAAUAAACAUUGGGUGCUCGAUCAAGAAUACAAGGAGUUUUUUCAGCUUGUCAUUGACCGAGUGAGCUCGUGUUUGACACGGAGUCGGAUACGAGAAGCAGAACGAAAGCAAGCACAUGACUUGGCCGAUUUAGAUAGGCAAAAAAUUUUAUUCUUUCAAAAUAUCAGUCAUGAAUUACGAAGUCCAUUGAGUCUUAUGCUUUUGCCUUUGGGAGAGGCAAUGGAAUUAUGCCCAAGGGACUCUCAGACGAUGGAUCGUCUCAAACUAGUUCAAAAUAAUAACCGAAGACUGCUCAAUUUAGUAAAUACUUUGUUGCAGUUCGCUCACGCAGAAGCGGGCCGACAUUACGCAUGGUUUUGUGAGUCAGAUAUUGCAAGGCUGACAAUGGAAUUGGCAGCCAAUUACGAAAGCAUGACUAAAUUUCUCGGACUUGAUUACAAGCUUGGCAUUACCAGCGAUGAAGAACUUGUCCGCCAGAUGAAUCAGAAAGUAUUUAUAGACCGGGAUAUGUACGAAAAGAUAUUCUUUAAUCUAUGCUCAAACGCGUUUAACAAUAUAAGGACUGGUGGAGUGACUGUGCGACUAUUUGCUGAAAAAAGGGAGGAGAGAGACGGUGUGGUACUCGAAGUAUCUGAUACAGGCGUUGGCAUACACAAAGAACAUCUUUCCAAAAUUUUCCAACGUUUCUACCGCAUCGAAUCACGACAACCACGCUGUCGUGAAGGCAUUGGGAUCGGUCUUGCCCUCGUUAAGGAGCUUGUCGCUCGACACGACGGUGAUAUUUCGGUCGAGUCUCAAGUGAAUGAAGGCACCACCUUCCGCGUUUGGAUUCCCGCUGGAUUCGAUCAUCUCCCUCGGAAGCAGGUUCGCUUCGAAAACGAUCAACAAGACUCUAGCUUUGCCCAAUGUUUGUAUUUGGGUGCAGAACUGUCAGAGUCAAGUCACGGAUCAGGUGAAAAUGAUCCAAUACAAGUUGAUGACAAUGGUUUGAAACGUAUGCGAUCAUCAUCAAGUAUGGACACUGACUUUGACAAUACACGAAAAUAUGUUCUGCUUGUCGACGAUAAUGCAGAUAUGAGAAACUACUUGAGCACUUUGAUUAAGAAACAAUUCAACUGUAUAUGUGCUGUUAACGGUCAUGAUGCCCUUGAAAUCAUAAAACGUUCACCACGGUCACCAGACUUAGUUCUUAGCGACGUUAUGAUGCCCGGCAUGAAUGGCUACGAGUUGCUCACCGCAUUACGUAGCGAUCCAACUACACAAACUAUUCCGGUGAUCCUAAUAUCAGCUCUAUCGGGAGAGGCUAGUGUUGAAGGAUUGGAAAAGGGUGCAGAUGAUUAUAUAGUUAAACCAUUUGAUGCUCAUGAACUUAUGGCCCGCAUUCUUGUGAACAUCAAACUCUCAGACGUUCGUCGCCAACUGAUCGCUGAACAGCGGCGUCAAUUUGAGACUAACGAACUGUUAUUUACAAUAAGCAACAAAAUACGUUCAGGCUUUGAAAUACAAGAAACACUUGAUACUGCUGUUUCAGAAGUAAAGAAGAUAUUAUCAUGUGAUUGUUUGCUAAUAGUCCAAAACAUUGUUACAAAAGAAGGAACAAACUGCAAAGUGAUGGCUGCCUCAGUGCAUCCGCCAGAGGAGCUUGUUGGGCGUGUGAUUAAUUGUUUUGCUGAUAACGAGACCUUGGUUGAUUGUAAAAUACAGCCAACAGAGGAAUCAGCUAUUGACACUCUGUCAACAGCUGAUGAUGAUACUUGUUUGGCCUCGGAUUUGCAGUCUAACGAAUUAAGUGAUACUAGUGGUUUGAGUGUAAAAGUCUGUACAGACUUUGAAUCGCAGAUAUUGCGUCGACGUGUGUCCUAUAUUAGUUUAGCUAUUUGUUUGAAAUCUUCACUGUGGGGAUGGAUACUUGCCUACCGACAGCCGCAUUGCAAAUGGACAGCGGAAGAAAAGACAUUCUUUCAACAGGUCUCAAAUCAGAUAGGGUUAGCCAUCAGUCACACCAUCCUCAUUGAAGAGAAAUUAAAGCGAGAGGCGCAAAUGGAGACUGCUAAAGAGGCCAACAAAGCAAAGAACCAAAUAUUAGCCAAUACAUCUCAUGAACUUCGCACUUCAGUUGGUGCAAUCGUCGGGGCCCUCUCUGCAUUCGAAGGAAUAGAACUCACGUUUGAACAACGAGACAUGGUCGAAGUAAUGUCGCGUGCAUCUGACGUUGUCUUAUCCGUAGUGAAUGACAUUUUGGAUGCAGCCAGAUUAGAACAGCAAAAACUUACAUUGAUAAGCCGCAGCUUUGAUCUAUUGGAUCUCGUAGAAAAGACUGUGAUAAUGUUUGGCGAGCGCGCUGGUGCAAAGGAUAUAGAAUUUAUUGUCUCGUAUGAUCCAGAGACGUUUCCAAGAUAUGUAAAUACGGAUCCGGAGAGACUGCAACAAGUGAUAAUGAAUCUUUUGUCUAACGCAAUCAAAUUCACAGAUAGUGGUGAAAUUGUAGUAAAGUUGUCAAUAAAAAACGACGACGAUGCUGUUGCUGCUGAAGCGGACAAUAAUAGUUACCUGUAUGUAGAAGUAUCGGACACUGGCGUCGGCAUCGAUCCUGCAUCUAUUCAACAUAUUUGGGAGAGCUUUUCGCAAGGAGAUGCUUCAAUGACUCGUGGUCGAGAUGGAUCUGGCCUGGGUCUUUCGAUAUGCAGAAGUCUGGUUGACCUAAACGGUAGUAAAUGCGGAGUUGAUAGCGAACUUGGCAAAGGAAGUAAAUUCUGGUUCACUUGGAAGAUUGAUUAUUUAACCAUGUCGCCGAUACCCACGACAUUGUUUCCCAAAGCCGACUCGCAAGAUCAGUCGAAUCGUUCGGGAUUUAAAGACUUUUUAUUAGCAAAGCCCAUGUGUGUGUUCGUUAUUGAUCCUAUAGAGAUCGCAAGAACAUCUUAUGCGGCAUUAAUACGCGGGUGUGUUAACAAAGUAUAUACGUACACAGACUGUAAAAGUGCAAUUGAAGCGGCCAGAGAACUUAAAAAGUGUAACGAGCCUACAUGUGAAUUGGUAUUUUUCAGUCUAAAAAAUGAUAAUUCUGCGAUCAUUGAGGAUGCGGCUAAAGAACUGAGAAAUAUUUGUGGAGAACAAUUAUCGAUUGUACUAAUGGUAUUUUCGUCGAUUGAUGGAUGCGCUCUUGCAAAGAGCGUGAUCGAGAAAAUUGGAGGAAACGUUGUUGCCAUUUGUAAGCCAAUAUUGCAGAAGCGUAUUAUAGAUUGUAUUUCUAAUUUCGAUAAGUUUAUGACCAAACUUGGUGAGACGAGUAAUACGGAAAUCGAAAAUAAUAGUUUGUCGAUUUAUAGUAGAUUUUAUAACCACAAUCGGCCUACAGUUACGACAAAGGAUACAGAGGGACCGGCCAUAAUUAGAGGUGUUAGACAAUCUUUGAGUGACUCCAAGACUGAAGGGGUCAGCGCUGGACUUGUCCCAAAGAAGAGAUCUGCUUCUAGCAAAUUGAGAGAUCAGUCUAACAAUGAGGAAAGGGCAACGAGUAAAAUUGCAAAAACGUCCAAAUGUAUUCUCUGCGUGGAUGAUAAUCCCAUCACUCAAAAACUUGUCAAAUCUCUACUAGAUAAAUUGGGUUAUCGUUAUAUGGGAGCAGCAGACGGAAAGGAAGCUAUUGAAUUAGUGCGAGCGCAGUACGAGACGAGUGUGUCUUCUCGUUCAAAUGUGGAAAUUUCAUUGAUUUUAAUGGACUGUGCAAUGCCUGGUAUGUCGGGUUUCGAGACAACUCGAGCAAUCAGGUCCUUGGGUCCGGAGCUUCAAGACCUCCCAAUUAUUGCAUUGACUGCAUCCGCCCUAGAAGAGACUCGCGAACAGUGCUUGCAAGCAGGCAUGAAUGAUUAUCUAAGCAAGCCACUCUUGCUACAGAAUUUGAAUGACAAGCUGAUUACGUGGUUGGGUGAGGCUGGUCGGUGGGGAUGUAAUUAA